GAUUUCUAAUGACGAAACCAUCCUUCCCGCUUUCCCUGAUAAUAAUCAUAUCCUCCUCUCUGCUUCUUCUUUGCUUCAUGCAUGGCUUCCCUUCCUUUUAUAACCCCACAAUUCUCCCAUUUCAAGUCGAAAAAACCAAUCAAAUCUCUCAAUUCCAAUGAACCAAUCCAUCUUGUAGAACUCAAUAGAACCGCCAGAAACCAUCAAACUUUAUAUAAAUCCUACUUUCACACCAUAUCUUCACUUUGCAAAGAUGGCCAAAUUCAGCACGCUGUGGACUUGCUUACUGAAAUGGACUCCAGAAAUCUGUCAGUUGGACCUGAAAUAUACGGUGAAAUCCUCCAGGGUUGCGUUUAUGAACGAGAUCUUUCAACAGGUCAGCAAAUUCAUGCUCAAGUUCUCAAAAAUGGUGCUUUCUUUGCAAGAAAUCAGUAUAUUGAGACAAAGUUAGUUAUUUUUUAUGCAAAGUGUGGUGCUUUCGACGUUGCUAAUAAUUUGUUUAGUAGAUUGAGGGUAAAGAAUGUGUUUUCUUGGGCUGCCAUUAUAGGAUUGAAGUGUAGAAUUGGGUUGAAUGAAGAGGCUUUAAAGGGGUUUUCUGAGAUGCAAGAAAAUGGGUUUUUGCCAGAUAAUUUUGUGGUCCCUAAUGCAUUGAAAGCUUGUGGUGCUUUGCAGUACGUUGGAUAUGGGAAAGGGAUUCACGGGUACGUGGUGAAGGUGGGUUUUGACAGGUGUGUCUUUGUUUCAAGUAGUUUGAUUGAUAUGUAUGGGAAGUGUGGGGUUUUGGAGGAUGCAAGGAAAGCCUUUGAUGGGAUGGAUCAGAGGAAUGUAAUAGCUUGGAAUUCGAUGAUCGUUGGGUAUAUGCAAAAUGGGAUGAAUAAGCAAGCAAUUGGGGUGUUCUAUGAUAUGAAAGUGGAAGGUGUUGUGCCCACUCAGGUAUCAAUAUCGAGCUUUUUAUCAGCUUCGGCUAACUUAGGUGCAAUAGAUGAGGGAAAGCAGGGGCAUGCCAUUGCUAUCACAGGUGGAUUAAAUUUGGAUAACAUUUUGGGUAGUUCUGUUAUAAAUUUUUAUUCCAAGGUUGGUUUGAUCCAGGAUGCACAGCUAGUUUUUGAUAGGAUGCUUGUAAAGGAUGUAGUGACAUGGAAUUUGAUCAUUUCUAGUUAUGUACAAUCUGGAUUGAUUAAAAAGGCACUCAAUACGUGUCAUCUGAUGAGAUUAGAAAAUUUGAGAUUCGAUUGUGUGACUCUAUCAUCUAUAUUAACUGCUGCUGCCAAUUCAAGCAAUAUAAAACUUGGUAAAGAGGGUCACUGUUAUUGUAUUAGGAACAGUCUUCAAUCUGAUGUGGUUGUUGCGAGUAGCAUUGUAGAUAUGUAUGCCAAAUGUGGAAGAAUUGAUUGUGCCAGACAAGUAUUUAGUUCCACAACCAAAAAAGAUAUCAUAUUUUGGAAUACACUAUUGGCUGCUUAUGCAGAUGUUGGCCAUAGUGGUGAGGCCUUGAAGUUGUUUUAUCAGAUGGAGUUAGAGAGUGUGCCACCAAAUGUAACAUCGUGGAAUUCUGUGAUUUUAGGAUUUGUUAGAAAUCACCAGUUAAACAAGGCUAAAGAGUUCUUCUCACAGAUGCAAUCCCUUGGCGUCUGCCCUAACCUUGUAACCUUGACUACUCUUAUCACUGGUCUGGCUCAUAACGGUUUUGAUGAUGAGGCAAUUCAGAUUUUUCAAAAGAUGCAAGAAUUUGGGAUCAAACCCAAUACUAUAAGCAUCAGUAGUGCACUUUCUGCUUGCACAAAUGUGACAUCAUUACAGCAUGGAAGAGCAAUCCAUGGAUAUGCAAUAAGGCAUGACCUUGACUCACAGAUUUGCGUUUCAACAGCUUUAGUUGAUAUGUAUGCUAAAUGUGGAUAUUUAAGUCAAGCAAAAAGGGUGUUUGAUAAUAUCUUAAGCAAGGAAUUGCCUGUUUAUAAUGCAAUGAUUUCUGCUUAUGCAUUACAUGGUCAAGCUAGAGAAGCUCUUGCAGUAUAUAAACAUCUAGAGGAGGUUGGUGUAGAACCAGAUGGUAUAACUUUUACCAGUGUCUUAUCUGCUUGCAGCCACACCGGACUGGUAAAUGAAGGUUUGGAGAUUUUUGUUGAUAUGGUUUCCAAACAUCAUUUAUGGCCAAGCAUGGAGCAUUAUGGAUGUGUAGUUAGUCUUCUUUCUCGGUCAGGUCAUUUGAAUGAAGCUUUUAGGCUUAUUCUCACAAUGCCAUAUGAACCAGAUGCACAUAUAAUUGGAUCACUUCUUGCUGCAUGUGGAGAGCAUAAUGAGAUUGAACUUGGGGAGCAGUUAUCCAAGUAUUUAUUAGAAUUGGAACCGGAUAAUUCAGGUAAUUAUGUGGCAAUUUCAAAUGCAUAUGCUGCUGCAGGAAGGUGGGAUGAAGUAUCAGAAAUAAGGGAUUUAAUGAAGGAAAAAGGCUUAAAGAAGAGUCCUGGGUGCAGCUGGAUUCAAAUUGGUGAAAAACUUCAUUCUUUUAUUGCUGGUGAUGGACCGCACUCCAAUACUGAGGAAAUACAAGCCACACUGGCUUUAUUGGGAAUCAAUGUGAAUUUCAGUGCUUAAACUCUUUUCUUGAGCUCUAAUCAGAUUAGUAGAUAAAAAUUAAAUGCUCCAAGGAGACUUAAUAGAGGGUCAGGUUAAGUGAAAAGAAGCAAACAACUAACGGUUGCUUUUGUUUCACAGAAAGAAUUGUGCAGAAUGUUCAGCCUGUAAUGUGUCACAGAUGACUUGAUGAGGAUUCAUCUGAGUUACCUGGCUGGAUAAGCUGUUGAAAGGAUGGAGAAUACACCCUGACUCAGCUCGAUCUGGAUAGCUACUUGCACAAUACUCGCGGUGGUUCUGUUCAUAUUUAGCAAAACACAGUAAAUUGAAUCAUAUAGCGGUCAGCAGCUAUAUACUUAAUUCAGUUUAUGGCUUUCCAUUAAAGGAGGACAUGCAAAAAUGGCAUAAAUUGAAAUCAAAACCAAAAAAAAUUUUCAAGACAUUUUUCAUGGCAGGAUUAUUGCAAUUAUACAGAACAUUAUCAGGAUUUUGGAUCCUUCUAACGUUUGCAUUUGUGUAGUUGACGAUCUUACCAGGUUAUAUAAUUGGUCAAUAUUGCAGUAAGGUGCCAAGCGUUUAUGUGGAUGUCAUAUCAGUUUACCACACCAAGGUCUCCGGUUCGAGUCAAAGGGAUGCCAUUUACUAACAGUCAUACGAAUUAUCAAAGUGUUAGAUUUUUAAUUUCAAUGAUUAAAUAAUCUUAAAUAAAAAAAAAAGUAAUAAUAAUAACAAUCUAUGAAUAUUGUAUUACAUAUCCCAAAUUUCAACCUAAAAGGGAUUAGUAUACGUUUUGAGACUACAGAAUUGAUAUAUGAAUGCUUUAGGACGAUUGCUCCCCAAA